AUGGGCAGCACUGUGCUCAAUUCAAGGCAGUCCUCAUAUCUGCGACAGAUUUUGAUCAUAUGUGUUGGCCUUUUGGCAUUGUAUGUCUUCAUCCUCGUCCCAGAUGCCAGCUUGGACUCCUCUAGAACAGUGCUGGACACAUUCCCAGAAGGGAGACAAGGCAAAAGUGGCAGGACGAGGCUUGCACAGGAACUGCUUGACAACCGGUUUCUGACCUCGGAGCAAUGUGUCACCACGUUCCCAGGACUGACGAAGGAAGUCGAUGAUGCUGUCGCAAAGGGGCCCUUCACAUUGGAGAGGAGCGGUCCAUUGGGACCGCUGAUUGCUAGGAUCAAGAACGGCAAGCUCUCCAUUCUCCAAGCAGCAAUGUCCAAUGAUCUCUCCCGGGAUAUGCUUCUACACCGAAGCGCGACACUGCACCAAAUCCACACCGCACUCCUAACGUCACCCUCUCCACAAGAGAUCCCAGACACCAUCAUCGCCUUCACCCACCACGACAACCCAUCCUCCAAAACCUUCUCCUAUUCGCGGCCCGCCGACCCAUCUCGCAACGGACCCUCGGCACCCUACUUCCCCAUCCCGCACUUCAGCUUCUGGUCCUGGCCCCUCCCCUUCAUCAAAUCGCUCCCCUCGGCGACGAGAUCCAUCACCGCCCUCGAGUCGACCCUGCCCUUCACCUCCAAGAUCCCCAAGGCCGUCUGGCGCGGGACGCCGCACUUCAACUCGCCGAGCACGACGUCGGCGCGGCUGCGGCAGGACCUCCUGCUGGCGUGCCAGGAGAAGCCGUGGUCGGACGUCGAGGCGCUGUCGUGGACGGACUCGGGGCGGAACGCGUCCAACGCGCUGCCCAUCGCCGACUUCUGCCGGUACCGGUACGUCGUGCACACGGAGGGGGUGACGUACUCGGGCCGCCUGCCGUUCCACCAGCUGUGCGCGAGCGUGGUGCUGACGCCGCCGCUGAGCUGGAUGCAGCACACGAGCCACCUGGUGCGGCCCGUCUUCUCGUCGUCGCUCGCGGGCAAGGGGCCCGGCCUGGCGCCGUAUCCGGCCAAGUGGGUGAGCGAGGCGUGGGGUGGAGGGGUGAGGGCGGAGGAGGCCAAUAUGGUGUUCGUGGCGCCGGACUGGAGCGAUCUGGAGGCUGUGGUUCUUUGGCUCGAGAAGAACCCGAAAGUUGCCGAGGGGAUCGCGAGAAGACAGCGGGAGACAUUUCACGGGGGCGGGUAUUUAAGUUCCGCAGCGGAGAUGUGUUAUUGGCGGGCUGCUAUUCGGGGUUGGAGUAAGGUUGCGGAUUAUGAGGGUCAAGGAUUUGAGGACAUGGAGGGCGUUCCUUUCGAGGAGUUCGUGUUGACACAGAAAGCGUGA